GCGCGCGCUGUCGUCGCCGGUGACGUAUGCAGUCGGGUUGUGGGGAGUGACGUCACCGGUCUAUCACCAAGAAGCUGGAGGCUCGGUAAUGAGCGGAGAGAGAGACGGAGAGACGGAGAGCUGCGUCGCGCUCUGAACAACUCGGAAACACACACCGGGAUAUUUUACGCUGCUGAAUCCGUUUAAUCGCUGAUUAUUCCCUCAGUCUCGGAUGAAGAGCGGCGCUGUAACCCGGACUGCUCGGUUUGAUCUGAGUUUUCCAAGAAGUUGAAGUACAAGUCUUCAGAAUGUUUCUAUAACAUCUUUAUGAUAAAACACACCCCUGAGUAACUGUUGUUCCAUCUGGAGUUACUGAAGAUCAGUUGUUAUCGCAAUCAAAGACCUGGCAAGAUGGCCAUGGUGCAGAACAACCGUCCUUACCCUGAGAAGGACCAGGCUCUGCUCAGAGUACCCGUGAAGAGGCUGAUGCGAGAUAGGCAGAUCGAAGCGGCGCCCAUAAAGAAGCGCGUAAUGGCGGCACUUAAUUUGUCAUGCAAAAAGGCCCCUGAGUCGUCAUCGUCAUCACCAGCAUCAAGGACUCCUGUUAUAAAGACUGAGCAUAUAGAGAAAGACUCUGAGUUUCUAAACUAUCAACACAUCUCAAAAGGACAGGACGGACGAGACAGCGUUCUGGACCUGAGCCCGGCUCUGAGACACACUCUGGCCCAGUUUACUCUGAGCAGCCAGUGUUCUUUAGGAGGCCCUGCUGCUUUUUCUGGUCAGUACAGCCAGGAGAAGUUGGCUCCGUCCCUCAGCCAGGCCAGCGUGGCAGUCGGGCCCUUACUGGUGCCUCCUGACAGCUCCACAGAGCUUGUGUUGUGUACGCUGGAGGGCGAAUCCAUUUCCUGCUUCUCAGUGGGUGGUGAGCUGCGUCUGUGUUUGCCUCAGGUGCUCAACACAGUGCUGCGAGACUUCUCCCUGCAGCAGAUCAACUCUGUGUGCGAUCAGCUCUACGUCUACUGCUCACGCUGCAACGCUUCCCAGUUGCACGUCCUCAAAGUGCUGGGCGUCCUUCCUGCCGGCGCUCCGUCCUGCGGCCUCAUCACGCUCACCGAUGCCCAGCGGCUCUGCAACACCCUGCUCCACCCAGGCGACAACGUUCCCACCGGCCCUCGUAAAGACCAUCGGCUCACUGAGGAAGAGGAGCGAGAGGCAGAGGAAGCUGGAGGAUUCUGGGUGGAGCAUCAGUGCUUGGGGAAAUGCCAAGGCCUGUUCGUUCCUCGUCUCUAUGCCACUCCGGGUGCUUCAUGCAUCCGGUGCUCACAGUGUCGACGGAUUUUCUGUCCAGAAAGGUUCGUCAUGCACUCGCACCGGCAGCCGGAAAAGCGAACGUGUCACUGGGGCUUCGACUCCGCAAAAUGGGCGUGUUACCUCCAGCUGGGGCGGCGAUACCAGGGCACGGCCGAGGAGGGGAAACUGGAGCAGCUUCUGGAGGCCAUGAAACUGAAGUUCACUGGGAUGUGUCUGGACACAAAGACGUCACGUCUGGAGACUGCCCGAGUGGAGGAGGGGUUAAAUCUGUGUUCUGGGAAAGAGAAAGUGUGUGAGAGUGGAUCAGAUGGAAAGGUGGCAGCAGCAGCGGCGUUCCCGGGAUAUGCAUAUGAGCCGUGUCUCAUUCCCAACAUAAAAGAGGAUCCCAGACACCUCGACCUCAUGUGGCAAAGUUGGUAUCUUUACAUGCAUGAUAAACUGACUGUCUCCGGCACGGCCCUGGACUCUUCUCGAGCCACUGAUAAAGACGAUGUGCCGAAAGCUGAGAUGCUGAAAGCUGUGAAGAAAGUGUGUGAAGGAGCAGAGGAAGGCGAGCGCAAAGCGUCCACAGGGGGCAAAAAAACAAGCCGCCCCAACUGCCAAUCACAGCGCAGGGACGCAGACCAGCGGCCCAGGGUUUCCAUAGAAACGCCAGCAUGUGAGAAGUCUUUGGAGGAGAACAAGGACAGCAUGGUGGUGGAGGUGCUUCAGAUGUACAACACUCAGCAGGAGAAGCUGCAGUCCACGCUACGCAAACAGCAGCAGCUGGAAAAGGAGCUGCAGGCUCUGCGCAAGGCCGACGCAGACGAGCUGGGGGAGGUGCAGACGGAGCUGCAGAUGGAGCAUACUCAGAAGAAGGAGGUGGAUCAGGAGGAGCAGAAGAGGCUUCAGUGUAGUAUGGAGCAGCAGCAGCAGAGCUGUAUGUGCCGAGAACAGCAGGAGAACCGAUAUGCUGCACAGUUGUUGGAGCUGCGUCGGAGGCUGGACCGUGCUGAGGAGGAUCGUGAGGAGCUGCAGGAGGAGCUGAGGCGUGAGCGUGAAGCUCGUGAAAAGCUGGAGAAGAUCAUCUCGGAGCUCAGACAGCAGAUGAAGGAGUCAGUUCCUCCAUCGGCUCUCGAUAGCCCUCUGUCCAACUCUUCCAGCGACGUCCUGAUGUCUCCUGCACCGUAACACCCCCUCCCUCCUUCCUCCCACACCUUUAUCACUUUAUUUAACUUCAUCUUUUUACACGGACAGUUCAUCAGAAACGCACUUCAAAAUGUCACGUGGUCAAACAAGUCAAACAAGUCAAACAAACGAAAACAAACAAAGGAAAACAAGACGAACUAAAAUAUAAGGAUUUUUGGGAUAAAGAGCAUUAACAGCUUUUCUAUGUCUUUUUUUGAGUAUGCAAAUUUCCAUGCAUGUAUAUGAACCCCGAGUGUAUGUGUGUGUGUGUGUGUGUGUGUGUGUGUGUGUGUGUGUGUGUGUGUGUGUGUGUGAAUCUCACAGUGAAAUCCUCAGCGUUGAUCCUGUGCGCUGACUACUGCUAAGAAAAACAGAUGAUUUCAGAUUUUUUAAGUUGUAAAAUGUGCUAUUGUUUAUUAAAAGAAAGUAUUUAUUACAUUGUUUUAUUGCUAGAUGUUAUUGUGAGCAAACAUUUAUUUAAAAAUGUACACGCUUAUAGUUAAAGGUACGCAGAUUUCUCAUUUCAUCCUGUUUUCAGAAGGAGAUUUUGUGCCGUUGUUUCCGUUCAGAAUUUCUAAAUUCUCUGGAAUUGGAAUCUGAUCUGACAUUCCACAUCCCUGAGUGGUUUCUUCUUCUCUUCAUUUUACAGUCAAUUUUACUUACUGCACCUUUAAGCCAUGUGUAUGCACAGUCUGAAUGUAUGAUAUUGUAUGUAUGCAUGUGCGCUGAAAUAUAUCUGGAUUAUAUUAA